AUGGGCCAGCCGAGAAACCUGUGUUGUGCAACGCUUGUGGAUCGCGAUACAAAUUUUUGGAACAACACCCCAACAAGGAAACGGUCAAGGGUGGAGUACAGGCAGAUGACACCAAUGGAGAUGUUUCACAAGCAGCUUCUGAGUUUGUGUAGAAGUGAAAAGCAACCAAAUGAGUCAUCCCCAGAAGAGGAUAUAUUGGUGUAUAACGUCAACCACUUCAUACCCAGCAAUGAGAUAGGACUUGGAGUUGUUCUUCUUAAGACAGAUCCCGGAUCAUUGUCAUGCUCCUCCUCAACAAAUGAACAAGCGCAACCUCAAUCAUCUGCAACGGCACCCUGA